ACAAAAGUGUGGGAAAAUACCGGAAAAUACUUGAAACAAAAAUUACAAAAUAAUUUCGUGUUAUUUGCUGGGUUAAUUUGCUUUUGAUAAUAUUAAGCUGCGAAAAUGAAUGAAGGAGCACGUAAGACUAUGGAGCUGCAGCGCCAGGUGCGCCACAAUGCAACCGAGUAUCAGAAUGCAGUGAAAAAUCUAUAUUCAUGGGAAAAGGACAUAAAAAGCAAAGAGCAGACAAUAAAGAAUGCCGCGAACGCCACUGCAAAAAACAAUGUUCCAGUGCGCAGCUAUGUAGAGAAAAAGGAAGAAAAGACAGCUAAACCUAUUAGCCCAUCCGGCUCUGCCGCAGGUACCCCUACAGAAAAGCAAGACCUUCCCGUCGAUCUUGUUGCCCAGCAACACAAAAAAGCCAAUGAUAUUAAAGAUCGUGGCAACACUUAUGUGAAAAAAGGGGAUUAUGACCACGCGAUUGAAGCCUACACAGAAGCUGUGGACGUUUACCCCUAUGAUCCCAUAUACUUCAGCAAUCGAGCGCUGUGUUACCUUAAAAAGGAGGACUAUAACAGCUGCGUUGAGGACUGUGAGGCAGCUAUUCGAUUAGACAAACUUUGCGCCAAAGCCUAUUAUAGACGGAUGCAGGCUAAUGAAUCGCUGGGAAACAACAUGGAGGCGCUCAAAGAUUGCACAAGUGUCCUGGCUAUUGAGCCCAAAAAUGUUGAAGCCAAGACAAGUUUGGCCCGCAUCAAUAAUCGGCUACGUGCAAACGCAACUAAAGGUGGACCAAAUUUCACGCCGGAUCGACCCGAUUUAGUUGAUAUCCUUCCACUGGAUAAACCGGCCUAUAAACGCUCAAAAAAGCCCAUGCGACGUGUGCCUAUAGUGGAUAUAGUCUCACCCAGAGCUACUUCUAAUAACAAUACAAAUCAAUUGCGUAUCUCAGAUGAUGAUAUUGAUAAGAUCUUCAAUAGCUAUUGCGGAGCAUUUGAAGAAGUUAAAAAUAAUACUAAACCCAAGCUGGAAUCUAAUCCAAUUGAAACACCAGCAUUAAAAUUACCUGAACAUACAUCCAAUUCGCUGAACCCAGAUACGGAAGUGGCUCAGAAGAAAGCUGCAAAGCCUACUAUUAACAACUCUCCAGCUCUCACGUCUCAAACAGAAGCCAGUGCCGCAGAUGGCCCCGUGGAACGAGCUUUGCCACCACAACCAAUGAACACAGCCCAGUUCUAUAUUACUUGGAAGGAAUUGUCUCCCGCUCAGAAAUAUAAGUAUUUGAAAUCCAUUGAAAUUCCAAAUCUGUGCAAAAUACUUGGAGCCGGAUUUGAUUCUGACACUUUUACAGAUCUCUUGCACACCAUCCAAGAGUUCUAUGUGCCCAAUAAGGAGCCUACAACAGCAGCAGUUUUAUAUGAGAUUAGCAAAAAUGAGGAAUUUGUUAUUCUGGCCAUGCUUAUGUCAACAGAAGAGAAGAAUAUUAUUUCCUCUAUAAUGACUGAGCUCAAAAAAUGGACGAAAAAUACAACGAUAUUGGCCAAAUUAACCAAGGCUUAUAAUGUGGAUUAGAAUUCUAUCCAAAUACCUCAAAUUGUCAUGUACUUAUUUGACUUUAAACUGUUCAACAAAAAAUUAUGUUUAAAAGAACCCAAAA